ACUUUAGCUAGGAGCACAUCUGGAGUUGCUUCAGACUACUGUUAUUCAUCUCACUACCAACAAUUUAUUGGCAAGCAUUUUGAAACAAAUAUCUGUAUCUGUACCUCCUUGUUUCAGAUUGCUUUCUUAAGCAAAACUACAUACAAAAGGUAGGAGAUCUUAAUGGACUUCAUGGAGAAUAAAGUCAGUUGUUUUUUUAUAUCAAACAAGAUGAAUUAAGCAGAAGCCUCAUCAACAAAGAAACCAAAACCAUAUUCCCAACAAAGAAAAUAAUUUAUCAAGAAUUCAGCUUAAAAGAUUAAUUAAACAAGGCAAGCUGCUUCUUUCCACAGUGAACGUAUCCAAGAGAACGAGAUAUGAAUGAAUAAAAUUUCUACCUCAAACAAAACUCCUCUGAACUACAACCACUCAACUGGACAGUAACAACUUAACAGAUUAAAAAAAUGCCACUUUUUAGCUGGAUGAAGUGGUCAAAAAAAGGUUCCCAUAAAUCCACACACUAUCCAGGCUCAGAUGUAGUAACAAAGACUCUGCUUCGGGAACUGACAUGGCAUCUCAAAGAACGUGAGAGAUUAGUACAAGAGAUUGAAAAUGAACAAAAAGUUAAAAAAACUGGUAUGGACUAUAACUGGCUAAAAAACUAUCAGAAUCCCCAAGCAACCAUCCCAGCUACUGAACAAAGACAGCUUGAAGUUCUCUGCUCACAAGUUCAACCUUGCCAGACUGGAACUAUUCUCAGCAGAUUUCGAGAAGUUUUAGCAGAAAAUGAUGUUCUGCCAUGGGAAAUAGUCUACAUCUUCAAGCAAGUGCUGAGAGAUUUUCUAACCAAUGCAGAAAAACAAAAUCAACAGGAAGAACUGGAAGACACAUGGAAUUCAAAUCACUCUAUACACUUUGGAGUUCUAGGUGAAAGUACCAAGAAUUCAGCUAAAGAGGAAAUUCCCACUAUUUCAAGUUACAUUGAUAAAAACACAAAAAACAUGUUCCCUACAUUCUCACAGAGAAUAUGGAAUCUACCAUAUUACUAUCCAUCAACUUAAAUUAUUUAUCAUCACUCAAGUAUUUAUUUCUGCAAUAUUGAAUCUGAAUCCACAACAUGAAAUAUAGCUUAGAACUCAGAAAAUGUGACCUAUUUCAUAUUUCCCUUUGUUAUAAGGUCAGAAGUUUACAGUUUUAUGGGUAUCUUUAUAUUUUACAUAAGGCUUAUUGUUAGCUACUAAAAUUGUAAUGUUUUCAUUUCUAAACUAAAAUGUAUUAUGGCUCUUCUAAGUAAAUGUUUGAAAUAUUUUCCUGUUUUCACCCAUACCUUUAGCAUAUACUACAGAAAACAAAACUAAUUUUAUAUACUUAAAAUGGAACUAACAUUUUGUGAAGUGUGUAUAAAAAGGACAAUUUUUUAAAUUUACAUAAGCAAAUGUAGAAUAAAAUGAAUGCUUUAAAAUUGUAAUCAAUUGUAUUUACAACAUAACAGCAAUCUAAAACACAAGCAACAUCAUAAA